UCUAUUUCCAAAAGAAAAAUACUAAUAAAAAGAGGGCAGAAACUCAAGGUCACCCUACGAUUGCUAUAGAUAAUUGCAUCGUCAAGCUGGGAACACUUGGGCGAUAGAAAUCAACCAUGGCGGUUCGUAUGUUGCAGAGGCGAAUAAGCUCACUUCUCGUACGCAAGCAUCACCCUCAGAUUCCUCUUCUCAAAGAAUCCUCUUGGAAAUUCGCUCCUUGUGAAAGUAGUUCCACCAGCCAGCGUGAAUUUUUGAAAAGAGGGAUUCAGACUUGUUCCUUUAGCCAGCGUGAAUUUUAUAAAAGAGGGAUUCAGACUCAAACAGACCCAAGCAGCUCUGAGAGUGAAGAUUCUGGAAAUAAUGAUGCCGGCAGCUUGAAGCCUAGUUCUGACUCAGUUAAUGUUCCUUCCAGUAUAGAUAGUAAUAAUAGUUCUGCAGUGGAGUAUUCUGCUGUAUCCAACUUGAAAACAUCCUCAAGGCAUGAUCUGGCCAUGAUCUUUACAUGCAAGGUCUGUGAAACAAGGUCUGUCAAGACAACUUGUCGUGAAUCAUAUGAGAAAGGUGUGGUGGUGGCACGGUGUGGUGGAUGUAAUAAUCUACACCUGAUUGCUGAUCAUCUUGGGUGGUUUGGAGAACCAGGAAGUGUUGAGGAUUUUCUGGCAGCCCGUGGGGAGGAGGUGAAAAAAGGUACUACUGAUACCUUGAGUCUGACUCUUGAAGACAUAGCUGGAAAGAAAUCUUGACUAGAAAAUUUCAGUUAUGUGGCCUAGGUAAAGCUGUGCCAGCUUAUGUACAAACUCAACUUUGAUUUUGUAGCUUUGAAGACAAUGACAAAUGAAAAACCUUAAGGUGUUUCAGGCAUCAAUUGAGUAACCUCCAGGUAUUUCAACAAAUGAAAUUGAGUGUCACAAGAGACACUUGAUGAGUGUUUUGCUUGGCGCUCACAUACACUACGCUUAUACAUUGACUCCUGUUUUCUGGGAAAAUAUUUUGUAUGGAUAGCCUUGGUAUACAUGUGUUGUUAUGGAACUCUCUUUGCUGUAAAGCUGCAACUAUGAUUUUAUAGGAACCACAUCGAAACUUAUUUAUUUAUUUAAUUAUUUUUAUUUAGGAUU